AUGAGCCGGCAAGAUGCUGCAGCCGCUGCAACCGCAGCCAGCGUGACCGCGGCGGGCGGAAUACCUGCACGGCCUGAGCCGCCAACGGGACUAGAGGUCAUGGAGACGGAGAACUUUAGGCUGCAGUGCUUCAACACCAUGACAGGCACAAAGUUCCUGCUCUUCACCGAUACGACUCAGACCAACAUCGACGUAACGCUUCGGAGGAUAUACGACCUUUACAGCGAUUACGUCAUGAAAAACCCGUUCUAUCAGCUCGAAAUGCCCAUCCGCUGCGAGAUGUUUGAACGGAAAUUGUUAUCAUACAUCCGGGAGAUCAACAAUCGAUAG